UUUCAUGGGAGUAUAGUUUAUCCAUUUUCACUCUCCAAAAUCCAAAGCCUCGUCCAGUGUCCGCUUUCUCCAGCAGAUCACACGAAUUCAAACCCAAACAUCCUCAGCCAUUCCCGUUCUCUGUUUCACAUUCAGAAGCUGAUAAAGAAAUUCAACUAAACCCGUCAACCUUGGUUCGCUUGGUUUUGUUACAGAUUUGGGUGAUAUAUGUACUGGGGGUAAAUAGAAAUGGCAUCUAUGUCAGCAGCUUGGCUGUACCAAGAUAUGGGAUUGAGGGGUACAGUCUCUGCAGAUGGCUAUAUUACUAGGAACCCAUGUUUCAAUCAGUUGCAGACAUCAUUUUUAAGUUCUCGAACAUUUCAAGUUAGAGUUGGCUCCACUGAUUCAUCGAAGAGAGUAAGUAAACUGCAUUCAAUUAAGUGCGAGAAGAAAGAUGAUGAAAACUUUAAGCAGGUGUCUGUCGAGCGUCCACCAUAUUAUAGUUAUAUGGACUCGACCUCGGGGCAGCUUGAACCAGCAUCUGGGGCUCGUGCCAGCAUUCCAGGGAAAGAGUAUUGGCCAGAAGGCACGGCUGAUCGAGUUAGGGCUGCUCGAGCUCCUGAGCCUACUGGUAACUCCCUAGGAUCUCCAUCCUAUGGCAAAAAUCCUGGAAGUAGGAGGAGGAAGCAAACAACAUCAGUUUCCGCUCCCAAGUCAUCUGAAGUGAGUGUAGAGUCCAGUGAUCCUGUGUUGUCUGAAACUUCAGAGGACGCGAUGGAAGACCCUAAAGACAACUCGUCUGAAUAUGUUGUUUAUCAAACAGAACCUGAAAAAGAAGAAGAAACUGGAUUUGAUCUUGACAAGAAACUUGGACGUCCUCACCCAUUUAUUGAUCCCAAAGUGAAAAAGCCAAUAGAGGAGCCACUUACAAGCGAUGAAUUGUGGUGGAACUGGAGAAAGCCAGACAAGGAACAAUGGUCUAGAUGGCAAAGGAGACGGCCUGAUGUUGAAACGGUUUUUCUCAAAGCAAUGGCAGAGACUGGGCAGGUUAAGCUUUAUGGUGAACAUCCAACAUUGACUGAAACUUCUCUUUACAGAGCUAGACGACAUCUUUUCAAGGAAGAAAGGCUUCAAGUUGAGAAAGAGAGGCUGAAUAAAGUUGGUCCAAUUGCAUACUACUCAGAAUGGGUAAAAGCAUGGAAGAAGGGCACUUCAAGAGAUGCUAUUCAGAAACAUUACGAAGAAACGGGUGAAGAUGAAGUAACCCAACUAAUUGAAAUGUUUUCUCACCAGACAGAUCGAGAGUAUCGCAUAAUGAUGGGAACCGACAUCCGCAUACGUAGGGAUCCUUUAGCGAUGCGAAUGCGCGAGGAUCAAAUAAAGCAAAUAUGGGGUGGAGAUCCUGUUUACCCAACUGUGAACUAUAUUCAAGAACCAGAUAAAAUUGUUGAUUACAGGGGCGCAGAUUUCCAUGAACCGACACCUAACAUGUUGGCUUUUCUCAAGGAGACAAAGAAUCUUGUUGCUCAACUGAAAAAUGAAUUGCUCAUUCUUUAUGUUAUCAUGAGCCCCUCGCAAUCUUUUGCUGAAAAAAAACUGUCCACUGUUAUUCCUUUAGGCACCUACAAAAUGUCAGAUUUUUAUGAAACAGGCAACAAUACCACAGAUGUCAACCUAACCUCUGAUUCAACCCAAAACCCCCUGCCGCAAACAGGAAAAGGCAAGUUGAGUCACUUGACAGGCCCCAUACCGAAGGAGGAUGAUCCAAAGUUCGAGGCUUGGGAUGUAGAAGACUCAUCAAUCAUGACAUGGUUUUGGAACUCGAUGCAGCCCGAAAUCAGUGGCAAUCCUAUGUUUCUGCCCACGUCAAAAGACAUCUGGGACACCGCGAAGGAGACCUAUUCAAAGGUUCGUGAUGCUGCCUUAGUCUAUGAGAUUAAGACAAAAAUUCACUCAACCAAGCAAGGUAAUCCUCACCAGACAGAUCGAGAGUAUCGCAUAAUGAUGGGAACCGACAUCCGCAUACGUAGGGAUCCUUUAGCGAUGCGAAUGCGCGAGGAUCAAAUAAAGCAAAUAUGGGGUGGAGAUCCUGUUUACCCAACUGUGAACUAUAUUCAAGAACCAGAUAAAAUUGUUGAUUACAGGGGCGCAGAUUUCCAUGAACCGACACCUAACAUGUUGGCUUUUCUCAAGGAGACAAAGAAUCUUGUUGCUCAACUGAAAAAUGAAUUGCUCAUUCUUUAUGUUAUCAUGCCCGAAAUCAGUGGCAAUCCUAUGUUUCUACCCACGUCAAAAGACAUCUGGGACACCGCGAAGGAGACCUAUUCAAAGGUUCGUGAUGCUGCCUUAGUCUAUGAGAUUAAGACAAAAAUUCACUCAACCAAGCAAGGAGAAAGAGUUUAUGAGUUCUUGGCUGGUUUGAAUGUGGAAUAUGACCAAGUCCGUGUGCAAAUACUUGGAAAAGAUUCACUACCAUCCUUGAGUGAAGUAUUCUCCACUGUCCGUGGUGAAGAAGGAAGGAGAGGCGUCAUGCUUGAAACUCCACCAAGUGAGAGUUUGGCCUUAAUUGCCCCAGUUCUUGCUGUUACUGUUGCUGCCGCUACUGCCCCUCAAGAUCAUCUGUACCUUUCUCCCGAGUGCAUACAGAUGUGUGGGGACCAUCUAGAAUUUCAAACAUCAGUGGUGCUCGUUGGUUUGUUUCCUUUAUAG